CCCCGGCCAACCCGGGCCAGUUUCCGCCAAGCCGCGGAGGUGAGAGAUCGCCUUCCCCGAACCCCGAGCCCCGUGCCGGAUCUCGUGGACCAUGGCCGUAUCCUUGCCGCUGCGCGACUGCCAGGCAUGGAAGGAUGCCAAGCUCCCGCUCUCCACCACGAGCAACGAAGCCUGCAAGCUGUUUGAUGCCACCGUGACCCAGUAUGUAAAAUGGGCCAAUGACCAGAGUCUCGGCGGCAUGGAGGGCUGCCUGGCAAAGCUCAAAGCAGCAGAUCCUAACUUUGUCAUGGGCCAUGUCAUCUCCAAUGGCCUCGUGCUCAUUGGCACCGGAAACUCGGUGAAGCUGGACAAAGAGCUGGACCUGGCUAUGAAGACCAUGGUGGAGAUUUCGAAAACCCAGCCGCUGACGCAGAGGGAGCAGCUGCAUGUGUCUGCAGUGGAGACAUUUGCCAAGGGGAACUUCCCAAAAGCCUGUGAGCUGUGGGAGGAGAUUCUUCGGGACCACCCGACAGACAUGUUGGCCCUGAAGUUUGCCCAUGACGGCUACUUUUACCUGGGUUACCAGGAACAGAUGCGCGAUUCUGUUGCUCGAGUUUACCCCUUUUGGACACCUGAUGUCCCCCUUAGCAGCUAUGUGAAAGGCCUCUACUCUUUUGGACUGAUGGAAACCCACUUCUACGAUCAGGCAGAAAAACUUGCCAAAGAGGCAGUCUGGCCUGUGGCUGCAUCUCCACCCUGCCCGGGCCUGCAGGCUCUCUCCAUCGAGCCCACGGACGCGUGGUCUGUGCACACCGUGGCACACGUGCACGAGAUGAGGGCGGAGGUCAAGGCCGGGACGGAGUUCAUGCAGCGCUCGGAAAGCCAGUGGAAGGACUCCGACAUGCUUGCUUGCCACAAUUACUGGCACUGGGCCCUGUACCUGAUUGAGAAGGGUGAGUACGAGGCGGCGCUGACCAUCUACGAUGACCACAUCCUGCCCCGCCUGAAGGGCAGAGGUUCCGUGCUGGACGUGGUGGACAGCUGCUCCAUGCUCUUCCGCCUCCAGAUGGAAGGGGUGUCCGUGGGCCAGCGGUGGCAGGAUGUCCUGCCUGUGACACGGCCUCACACCCAGGACCACAUCCUGCUCUUCAAUGAUGCCCACUUCCUGAUGGCCUCCCUGGGCGCCCAGGACCGGCAGACCACGCAGGACCUGCUGACUGGCCUGCAGGAAGCCAGCAAGUCCCCAGGGGAGAACUGCCAGCACCAGCUGGCCCGAGACGUGGGGCUGCCCCUGUGCCUGGCCAUGGUGGAGUUCAAGGACGGGAACCCAGACCGCGCACUGGAGCUGCUCCUGCCCAUCCGCUACCGCAUUGUCCAGAUGGGGGGCAGCGAUGCCCAGAGAGAUGUCUUCAACCAGAUGCUGAUCCACGCAGCCUUGAACUGCACCUCCAGCGCCCACAGGAACGUGGCCCGGAGCCUUCUGAUGGAGCGCGACGCCUUGAAGCCCAACUCGCCCCUGACCGAGCGGCUCAUCCGCAAGGCGGCCGCCGUCCACCUCAUGUAGUGACCGGCGGAUGGGUGCAGGGCUGCACGGGCCUGGGGUGGCCUCCCUGCACUAGAACAGCCCUGCUGGGUUAGGGUCAGGAGACAGGCCUGCUUGUUUGGGUUGGCAGAGUUUUACAGAGAGGGAGAGCAAAUUAAUUUUCAAUGUGAUUUAGAAUUUUCUUCCAAUCCUUGCUAAGGUCCAGUGUGCAUUUUUGUGGGUGGGAUUAGCCCUGUACUUGCUACACAAGUGCUCUAUUGCUCAGCUGCAAUACCCCUCAAGCACUUUUUGAGAUAGGGUCUCACUCAGUGACCCAAGCUAGCUUCGAACUUGCAAUCUUCCUGCCUCAGCCUCCCAAGUAGCUGGAAUUAAAGCAAUGUACUACCACCA